AUGACGGGGGCUCCGCCAUAUAAUCCUCAGUCUCCGACUCAACAGUCUCAUUACCCGGCCUACUCGCCGCCGAAUAAACCGCGUCACUAUUAUCCCAACAAUGAUCAAUACCAACGCCCGCCCCAGACGCCCCCUGCCUUCCAACAGCCCAGUCUGGCUCGGAGCCCUCACUACUCACAACAUGCGCCUUCGCCCUUACCAGGCAGCCUACCCCCAUUGAAUGGGGGUGCGCCUCCACCGCCGCAUCCAUCCGAGCCACCACAGCAGUAUCAAACACAUUCGGCUUCAGGGACUCCGCAAUACUCCCUUCCGCGACCUUACUCUGGGCCCCUGCUACCCGGCGGUGGCGCAUCUCCAUAUGGUCCCUCUACCCCAUCGCAUGCCCAUCCAUCAAGUCGACCGGAUAGCCAACCUCAUGUGUCCCCCAAGAAGGAGCCGGAAUCGCAUUUUUCAAUGAACCAUGGCGUUCCUGCGUAUUCUUCGUCUGUGAUGCGAGACCGAGAACCGAGACCGGCUUCUCCUCCGAAGGAAGCUAAACCAACUCGUGCCGCGGACCCGAUGUCCUUUGCUAGCAUCCUCUCAGGUCCUACUGAAGAGCGUUCCCCUCCUAAGAAACAGUCUCCUCCUCCAGGGCUAGCUUCUGUUCAUUCAGCUGCGCCUUCAGCAAACGCUGCAAGCUCAAGUCCUCCGCCGCCCAUAUCUGCCCAGCCGAAAGUGAGAGACAUCGAGCCCGCACCAACUCCAUCGUCGGUCCAGCUUGAGAAGAAACCUAGCACAGAUAAACGUCGACGCAAUAUGGAGAAAGACCAAAAGGGUGCCGAUAUGUCGGCCAACGGUGUGUUGGAGCCCCCUAAGGCUCCCCGGCCUCCUCGCAAGAUUUUGUCCGAAAAGGAGUCAGAAAUUGUCAAUAAAUAUAUGGCCGAAAUUGAUAAUGCAGAGAAGAGCGACGUUGAGGCCCCUGGCUUUGAGAAAGAGCAGGAGCGCUAUCUCCUCAAAGGGAAGAAACGCGCUCUAGACGUUGAACGCGCUGAAGGUCUCAGACGCAAGCGUCGUCGCCAUGACUACCUUCGUAAACUCGGCAAGUCGUUCGAGAGACAAGCCAACGCGGGUAUGGACCGAUUCCGAAUCGCAAACGAAGCCUCCGUUGUUUCCGAAGUCCAAGCGAAGGAAGUUCAGGAUGAAAAGGAACGCAAGAAAGAUAUGCAACGCAAGCGACGCCGCGAGAAUACUGUCCGUAUGGAAAUGCAGAAGAAGCUUGAAGCGGAGCUCAAGGCGAACGAGACCCAAGAUUCUGCCGAAAAAGCCAAGUUCCUGCGGGAAGCUGAAAGGGCACAGAGGAAGAUCAAGACUACAAAGAGAGCUCUGGAGGGUGUCACUUCGCCCGAAGAGAUUGGCGAGAUUACCCCAUUGGCUCCCAAUCUUGAAGGAGGCACAACCAGUUCCUUCCACAUUGGCCGAAGCUCACCGUCAAGGCGAAAGUCCGGACGCGGAGGCCCUGUUACACGACCUAAGAAGUCCAAGGAGCAGAAGCAAGCCGAGAAGGAUGCUGCCGAAGCUGCGUAUGCAGCUAUGGAGAAUGAUGAGCCUUUGCCUCUCGCUCCCAAGGAGGACCCACGAAAGGAGGCUCUUAAGAAGGACGCCAAGGGAGGUCGAUCCAAAGAAGCCUCUCCCGCUCCCCUCUCUACAUAUGAGUCGAAGGGGUACAAUCAGAUCUAUGAACAGAUCUGGAGGGAUAUCGCACGUAAAGAUAUUCCUAAGGUCUACCGCACCAAGGUUAAUUCUCUCAGUACUCGUCAAGAGAACCUGCGCAAGACUGCCCAGCUCGCCGGUAAGCAAUCCCGCAAGUGGCAGGAACGCACCAACAAGAGCAUGAAAGACACUCAAGCCCGCGCUAAACGGAGUAUGCGUGAGAUGAUGUCUUUCUGGAAACGAAACGAGCGUGAGGAGCGCGACUUGCGUCGUCUCGCUGAAAAGCAAGAACUUGAGUCGGCAAAGAGGGCAGAGGCGGAGCGCGAAGCCAACCGCCAGAAGCGCAAACUCAAUUUCCUUAUCUCACAGACCGAACUGUAUUCUCAUUUCAUCGGUCGGAAGAUCCCUGGAGCAGAUGGAGAUACCUCUGCGGAUGCAGGAGCGGACGACUUGCCCUCUGGCCCAGCGGGUGCGAAGGUCACCAAUUUCGAGGACCUGGACUUCGAUGCUGAAGAUGAGACCGCCCUGCGACAGGCUGCUAUGGCUAACGCCCAAAACGCCGUCCAACAAGCACAGGAAAGAGCUCGCGCUUUUGAUAAUCCUGACCAGAACCCGAUGGAUACAAUGGAUGAUAGCGAACUGAACUUUCAGAACCCAACGAGUUUGGGUGACAUUGAGAUCUCACAGCCUACGAUGCUCACAGCCAAACUGAAGGAAUAUCAAUUGAAGGGUUUGAACUGGCUUGUCAAUUUGUAUGAACAGGGUAUCAACGGUAUCUUAGCUGACGAGAUGGGUCUCGGUAAAACGAUCCAGUCUAUCUCCGUCAUGGCUUACCUUGCCGAAGUCCAUAACAUUUGGGGUCCGUUCUUGGUUAUCGCGCCAGCUUCAACCCUUCACAACUGGCAACAAGAGAUCACCAAAUUUGUCCCUAAUAUCAAGGUUUUGCCUUACUGGGGUUCUGCCAAAGACCGCAAGAUCCUCCGUAAAUUCUGGGACCGCAAACAUAUUACCUACACCAAGGAGUCGGAGUUCCAUGUGCUGGUGACAUCCUACCAACUAGUGGUUCUUGACUCACAAUACUUCCAGAAAGUCAAAUGGCAGUACAUGAUUCUCGACGAAGCCCAGGCUAUCAAAUCGUCACAGAGUUCACGCUGGAAGAGUCUCCUCGGCUUCCACUGCCGUAACCGUCUCCUGCUGACAGGUACUCCUAUCCAAAACAACAUGCAGGAACUAUGGGCGCUUCUCCACUUCAUUAUGCCCACUCUCUUCGACUCUCACGACGAGUUCAGUGAAUGGUUUUCCAAGGACAUCGAGUCUCACGCACAGAGUAACACAAAACUCAACGAGGACCAAUUGAGGCGUCUCCAUAUGAUCUUGAAGCCUUUCAUGUUACGCCGAGUCAAGAAGCAUGUUCAACAGGAACUCGGUGACAAGGUUGAGAAGGACAUUUUCUGUGAUCUUACCUACCGUCAACGUGCCAUAUAUGCUAAUCUUCGAAACCGUGUCAGCAUCAUGGAUCUCAUCGAGAAGGCUGCUGUUGGUGAUGAAACAGACAGCACAACGCUGAUGAACUUGGUUAUGCAAUUCCGAAAGGUUUGCAAUCACCCGGAUUUAUUCGAACGGGCCGAAACCAAGUCGCCCUUCUCGCAUGCACACUUUGCAGAGACUGCUUCUUUUGUUAGAGAAGGCUACAACGUUGAUGUUGCCUAUUCGACACGUAACCUACUCGAGUUUGCCGUGCCGCGAAUGCUUCUCAAAUCUGCCGGCCGUGUGGAUAUAGCAGGGCCCGAUAAUUCCAAGGCGGGUUUCCGUGCCAAGUAUUUAUCGCAUUUGAUGAAUAUAUUCACGCCGGAAAAUAUCAAACAAAGCGUGGAGGACGAUGGCGCGUUCUCUUUCUUACGAUUUGUGGAUACGUCAGCCGGGGAGGCAUUCGAUUUCUCUCAUCAAGGUGUCUUUGAGCGCGCUGUCCGCCGCCGUGGAGAGACCAACCGGUUAUCUCGUCUCAACGCUGUCUAUGAUGAGGAAGAUGGAGCAUUAACCACCACUCUUCCCCACACCUUGUUUAACAUCGCCCAGCGCAAUGACCGCCAGGCGGUUAAUGAUAUCGCACAGGAGGGGUAUAUGCGUGAACUUAUGAGCGUCUCUCGCACUGUCUUCGAAAAUGAGGGUCUCGAUGUCAUUGAGCCCUGUGCUAGCCCUGCCGCAUCUGCGCCGCCAAUCACGCUCAUAUCCUCAAGCCAAGAAGCCGUCAUGGAGACGAAGGAUUUCCUGUUCAACAUUCCUAUUCAGCACGUCUUGUACGACUCUCCCUCAAAGGCCAUGGAAGAGCAAAUUGUCGAGCAGCAGGUGGACCCAGCGCCUUACUCUCUCGCUCCAAUGUUGCCCCAACCACUUUCAACUAAGGGCCGUUAUACACAUAUCGAGGUACCUUCUAUGCGGCGCUUUGUCACGGAUUCUGGUAAAUUGGCCAAGCUUGACGAGCUUCUGCGCGAGCUCAAGGCGGGAGGCCACCGUGUGCUACUCUACUUCCAGAUGACGCGUAUGAUCGACCUCAUGGAGGAGUAUCUAACCUACCGCAACUACAAGUAUUGCCGCUUGGAUGGAAGCACGAAACUCGAGGAUCGUCGUGAUACGGUGGCCGACUUCCAACAACGCUCCGAUAUCUUUGUGUUCCUUUUGUCUACUCGUGCUGGUGGUCUUGGUAUCAACUUGACUGCUGCAGACACCGUCAUCUUCUACGAUUCGGAUUGGAACCCCACGAUCGAUUCGCAAGCCAUGGACCGAGCUCACCGUCUUGGUCAAACUAGACAGGUCACAGUGUACCGGCUUAUCACUCGCUCCACCAUUGAAGAGCGUAUUCGCAAACGGGCGUUGCAGAAGGAGGAAGUGCAGCGAGUUGUUAUUUCAGGUGGCGCGGCUGGAGGCGUCGAUUUCAACACCCGCAACCGCGAAAACAAGGCGAAGGAUAUUGCCAUGUGGCUGGCUGAUGACGAGCAAGCGGAACUUAUCGAGCAGAAAGAAAGAGAAGCGAUUGAACGGGGUGAAACAUUCGGUGCCGGUAAGGGAGGCAAAAAGAUCGCUCAGAAGAAAAAGAAGGAUAUCACACUGGAUGAUAUGUACCACGAAGGUGAAGGAAACUUUGAUGAUGCUAGUGCCAAACCAUCAGGAGCUGCGACUCCUGUGUCGACAGCAGAAAAUAUCGGGACGCCAGCGGCUGGUACACCUGUCCCCAAACGAGGACGUGGCCGAGGUGGAGGAAAGGGCACAUCCAAAAGAGCCAAGACAACCAAAGAACGACUCCGUCUCAUUGACGGCGACGGGGGCCUGGCUUAG